UGACCUAGCUCUGUGUAUUUCCUCGGUGCAGAGAGGAGUUGGAGGCUGAGGCAAAGAGGAGGCGUUGCAGACAGGAGAAUAUCUUGGAAUGUCUUCCACUUUCACACAACAAUCGCUACGGAGAGGCAUAAGAACAUAAGGAGAGCCCUGCUGGGUGAGACCAAGGCUCCAUCUAGUCCAGCACUUUGUUGAUGAAGUGGCCAACCAGCUGCCCACGGGAAGUCCACAAGCAGGACACAGGUGCAACAGUGCUCUCCCUGUCCUUCUGGACCUGCACGGCUGUAAUGACAGGCCCAAAGCCUGUCAGAUACUUCUAACAUAGCAGCCAGAUGCACGUCUAACAUAUUUGCUGACGGGGACGACGACGGAGGGAGUGUUCGGUGUUCGGAUCAUCCCCCUACAAGAGGUGAUGGCGGAAGGGAAGGAAGGAGAGGUCUCAUCCCUGGAUCACCAGUUCCGGGCAGCGCUAGAGAAAGGGAUGGAGCCCAGAGUGAAAUUGGAGAGGAAGAACCCCGUGGAUACCGAAUCUGAGAUGGAACCUAAAGGCCCAAGGAAAGUCCCCAGAACAGCUGCUGGGGUGGGAGCCAUUGGGCCCGAGGAGCUGCAGCAGCUGUGGGAGGCCCAGUGGCAGGCCUUCCUCAAGGCCAUGGAGUCCCCCCACUCUGGGACAGGGAAUCCGCAGCUGCCAGAAACGGCUCUGUGGGGAGAUCCUAAGGCUUCCCUGAUCUGUUACAAGACGGUCACUGCAGCUGCCCAACAACCUAGAGAAGAGUAUUUGACGGGCCCCAAUGGAGCAGCCCAGCCAGCACAUGCCAUGGAUCCGAGAGAGAAUGAACCCUGUGGGCAAGUGAAAGAAGAGACGGAGGAAGACCUCGCCACGGAGGUCCACCGCCAGCGCUUCAGGCAGUUCCGCUAUGCCGGGCCCCGAGGGCCCCGAGAGGUCUGCAGCCGGCUCUGGGAACUUUGCCGCCAGUGGCUGAAGCCGGACAGGCGCACCAAAGAGGAGAUGCUGGACCUGGUGAUCCUGGAGCAGUUCCUGACCAUCCUGCCAGCGGAGAUGGCGAGCUGGGUGAGAGAAUGCGGAGCGGAGACCAGUUCUCAGGCGGUGGCCCUGGCUGAAGGCUUCCUCCUGAGCCAGGCAGAGGACCAGAAGCAGCAAGAGCAGCAGCAGGUACCGAGUCUGUUUGCAGAUGUGAGACCUAAUUCUGCUGUGGCAGAGAAGCCUCCAUCAGACUCCGGACACCAGAACCCCCUGCCAAGGGGUAUCAAGCAGGAGGGUGAUGAAAUUGUCAUCUUUGGGGGGGCAGGAAUGAUGCCAGCAAUGAGGACUGAACCAUCUUUUCUUGGGGAUGGAGUGAAACCAGGCCAGGAUCUUGAGAACUUUCAGGAGGUUGCUGUGUGUCUCAAGGAAGAAUCAACACUAUUGGAUCUUGACCAGGGAGCCCCACACAGACUAGUCAUGGAAGAGAAUUGCAGGAUCAUGUCCUCUCUCGAAGGUGAUGGGUGGCAAAUGGAGAAUGCAAGAGAACCACGUGGGAUGUCACCAGGAAGGGACAGAUCUAAAAAUACUGAACAGCAAAGAAGGAAAACUAAAGGAACUCAUAACACGAGGAAUAAAUCCUCUGCUUUUCAGGGUGGUGAACGCGAUGAUAUCGAAAUCCAGGAAAAAAUCGAUAAAAAGGAAAACAAUAGUUUCCAUGUGCAUAUGAAAACUCUCCCAUCUCAACAAAGAAUUAACCUAGGACAGAAACCCUAUAAAUGCCUGGAAUGUAAAAAGAGCUUCAGUCAGAGUAUCGACCUCACCAAACAUCAAAGAAUACACACAGGGGAGAAACCAUAUACAUGCUUGGAAUGUGGAAAGAGCUUCAGUCAGAAGGCAAAUCUCACUUCUCAUCAAAGAUUUCAUACAGGGGAGAAACCUUAUGAAUGCUUAGAAUGUGGAAAGAGCUUCAGUCACAAGAUAAGUCUCACUUCUCAUCAAAUAAUUCACACAGGGGAGAAACCAUACAAAUGCAUAGAGUGUGGAAAGAGCUUUAGUCGGAAGAUGAACCUUGCAUCACAUCAAAGAGUUCACACUGGGGAGAAACCACAUAAAUGCUUAGAGUGUGGAAAGAGCUUUGGGCAAAAGACAGAUCUUACUUCUCAUGAAAGAAUUCACACAGGAGAAAAACCAUAUAAAUGUUUGGAAUGUGGAAAGAGCUUUCAUUUCAGACAAAGCUUCACGUACCAUCAAAGAAUUCACACAGGGGAGAAACCAUAUAAAUGCUUGGAAUGUGGAAAGAGCUUCUAUCACACAACAAAUCUUACCUAUCAUCAAAGAAUUCACACAGGGGAAAAGCCAUUUAAAUGCUUGGAGUGUGGAAAGAGUUUCAGUCAGAAUGCGGACCUCACUAAGCAUCAAAAAAUCCACACAGGGGAAAAGCCAUUUAAAUGCUUGGAGUGUGGAAAGAGUUUUAUUCAGAGUGCAGAGCUCACCAGACAUCAAAGAAUUCACACAGGGGAGAAACCUUUUAAAUGCUUGGAAUGUGGAAAGAGCUUCAGUCAAAAGACAAAUCUCAUGUCUCAUCAAAGAAUUCACAAAGGCGAGAAAUGAUGCAAAUGCUUGGAGUAUGGAUUGAGACUGAAUCACAAUUUAACUCAUAUGUUAUGUUUGAGAAUCCACUUAUAGAAUGCAGCUUAUAAAUGAAUAUAGGGCCAGGAGCCAUACUCAAUCACUAACACAACAAAGGAACUUAAAGGUUGCUUUUUUCUUCUUGUCAUAUAUCAAUACAUAGUGAGAAAUAACAACCUACAGACCAUAACUAUCCCUAGAAUUGGGGUGAGGAGGUUAGAUUUUCUCCAUUCAGUGUGGCUAUGCUGCAAAUCUCUUUAUUAAAUAUUUUAUUUUUGUAAAAGGGUUGAGAAGAAACAAUGUGUAUUUCAGAAUUGAGUAGAUAUGUGCAGUUAG